AUGUAUGAGACACUUCAGAAGGACUUCAAAAGAGUCGGGCAGGCCUUCCAAAACCAAAAAGAGCAGAACCAGGAGCUCACAGAACAGUUGGCGGAGAUGCAAGAAUUACAACGCAGAGGCCAACCCGCGCCACAAGAAGACCAGCCAACGCAGCAACCUAAGCAGACUGACUCUCGCGUCAGCGCCCACAGCCUGGCCAGCAUACAUGACCGGUAUGACCAGGUUCUCCAGUGUAUGAGAGAAAACAAAUGCAGUAUGGCCUGUGCCUUCCGUCUUGCGAGCUGUCCUCGGAGCACACUCAGAGACUUCGUUGCCAUAGCCGAACUUAAGAAGGUGGACUCCAGAGAACUAGACCUCGUCCUCCGUGACCAAGUGGGUUCCGUGCGUGCUCUCGAGGUUGUCUCUGAAAAACGACUCGGCGCUACAUCCCAGUGAUGAACAACAUGAGGAGGGAGGGGCAGCUGUUGCCAUUAAAGUUUGAUCCGCGCUUCUACGAGUGAAGUAUCUGGCAUAUUUCACCUCACAAAACGGCUCCUUUAGGAGCCACCAACACUAUGAAAGUCAAUGACCAACAACAAAGUUAAAAUAAAUAAUGAAAUACAGUACAGUCCCAAUUCCUCAAACCCUCAAAUAAAAACAAAAGUAAAUGACCGGCAAUGAAUAAAAAAAAUACGUAUAAAUACCCGUUCAAGACUUGACUCUCAGAUAAAUUCGAGAGGGACUGGGACAUAGUUUACCUUUCCAACAUGGCGGAAAGAAAAUUCGAAGCUGCAAUUGCGUAAAUUCUCUGGUUAGUUUCGGCUUCCGUGGCGCUAGUCUUGAGCGGCGAUUACCAAAACUAAGAAGAAAAGGCUAUUCUUGUCAAUGUAUUACACAUUUUGGAUGUUUAUGAAGCGAAAACCGAGAGAAAACAUUCAAGUUUGUCAUAACGUUUCACCAACAAGCUACCGACAGGUUACCGACAUCUUACCGACACAUUACCAACUGUCGCCCGACUGUUGGUGGGCUGUCGGCCGACUGUAG